UUCGGACCUGAAAGCGCCUUUAAUCCCCACCCCCAAUUCAAAUCUCGUAGCCACCUCUCUAUCUCUCUCUCUAUUCCAUUUCAAAAACAAACAUCAACCAAACCACACCCUCAACACACAAAACCAGCAAAACCAGAAAAAAAAUUCGAAACAAUAGAAUCAGAUUUCAUCAUCUCCAUCACUUAGGUUUAUUUACGUAGGUUUCGAUUUUGAAACGGAUUAAUUGGUUCAAAGAGAGAUGGACGGUGGAGAGUGUGUUAGAGUUGCAGUUAAUAUUCGUCCUUUGAUUACUAAUGAGCUGUUCAACGGUGCUACCGAUUGCAUCAGUAUAGUUCCUGGAGAGCCUCAGGUUCAAAUCGGACCGCAUUUCUUCACUUAUGAUUAUGUUUAUGGAAGCACGGGACCGAUUUCUUCUUCAAUAUACAACGACUGUGUUGCUCCACUUGUUGAUGCUCUUUUCCAUGGCUAUAAUGCUACAGUUCUUGCCUAUGGCCAGACUGGCUCCGGAAAAACAUACACAAUGGGAACCAACUAUGGCGGAGAAGGAUGUAACUCUGGUAUUAUACCCAAAGUAAUGGAAACUAUAUUCCAAAAAGUUGAUUCUUUGAAAGAUUCAACUGAGUUCCUCAUUCGAGUCUCAUUUAUUGAGAUAUUCAAGGAAGAGGUGUUUGAUUUACUUGACCCGAAUUUAGGAGCUUGUUUUAAAGGGGAAGGGGCACCAUCAAAUACUUUGAAGGUUUCACCAGUGCCUGCUAGAGUUCCAAUUCAAAUUCGAGAAACGGUGAAUGGUGGAAUUACACUUGCUGGUGUUACUGAAGCAGAAGUUAGAACUAAAGAAGAGAUGGCUUCUUAUUUGUCUCGUGGUUCCUUGUCUAGGGCCACUGGAAGUACUAACAUGAAUAGUCAAUCAAGUCGUUCACAUGCUAUUUUCACGAUUACUAUGGAGCAAAAGAAACUUCGCAAUUGCACAAAUGAAGCAAUUAAUGAUGAUUAUGGUGAUGACAUCUUAUGUGCAAAACUACAUUUAGUGGACCUUGCUGGUUCUGAACGUGCAAAACGAACUGGUGCAGAUGGCAUGCGAUUUAAAGAAGGCGUUUCCAUCAAUAAGGGCUUACUAGCUCUUGGCAAUGUAAUAAGUGCUUUGGGAGAUGAAAAGAAGAGGAAAGAAGGAGGCCAUAUUCCAUACCGCGACAGCAAGCUGACUCGCUUGCUACAGGAUUCUCUGGGAGGGAACAGCAAAACAGUGAUGAUUGCAUGUGUCAGUCCUGCUGACUCAAAUGCUGAAGAAACUUUGAACACAUUAAAAUAUGCAAAUCGUGCCCGCAACAUUCAGAAUAAAGCAGUAGUGAACCGAGAUCCAAUGACAACUCAGAUUCAAAGAAUGAGGAGUCAAAUUGAGCAACUGCAGGCUGAACUAGUGUUUUACCGUGGGGACGCCAGUGCACCAUUUGAUGAACUUCAGAUUCUCAAACAAAAGGUGUCUUUGCUAGAAGAAAGUAAUGCAGAACUGCAAAGAGUGCUUCAAGAACGACGAAUCACUUGUGAGCACUUAUCACAAAGUGCUGUAAAUGCUCAGGUUGAAAAGGACAAACUGCUACUGCAAAUCGAAUCAGCUCGUCAUGGUAAAUCUUGGGAUGAGAUUGAAUCUAAUCAAAAUCAGGAAUUUGAUCUGAUGAAAACUUAUGUCUCAAAAAUUCAAGAAUUAGAAGGGGAACUGUUGCGCUCUAAACGCUUGUCCAACAGAAAGCGUGGUCGAUUUGUUGAUAGUGUUGACUCAGAUGAUGAUGGGUUACACUGCAAAAAUGAUGAUGAAAUAUUAUCUAACUCUGAUCUAAAAGCUGUGGAUAUUUCAGAUAAUGUUGAAGAUGAGGAAAAGGAGCUUGAACAUUCUUCUCUUCAGGAAAGAUUGGAUAUGGAACUGAAAGAAUUGGAUAGAAAACUUGAAGAGAAGGAGGCCGAAAUGAAGAAUUUUACAAGUGCUGACACUUCAGUUCUUAAGCAACACUAUGAGAAGAAAGUGCAUGAUUUGGAAAAAGAAAAGAGAGCUUUACAGAAAGAGAUUGAUGAUUUGAGAUGUAAUCUUGCAAACAUAUCCUCUACUUCUGAUGAUGGUGCUCAGAAGUUGAAGGAGAAUUAUCUCCAGAAGUUGACUCUCCUUGAGGCACAAGUUGCAGAGUUGAAGAAGAAACAAGAUGCUCAAUCUCAAUUAUUAAGACAAAAACAGAAGAGUGACGAGGCGGCAAGACGACUUCAAGAUGAGAUUCAGAGAAUAAAGACAAAUAAGGUUCAACUGCAGCAGAAGAUCAAGCAAGAGUCUGAGCAGUUUCGGAUAUGGAAGGCAUCACGUGAAAAAGAAGUUCUUCAGCUAAAGAAAGAGGGAAGAAGGAAUGAGUAUGAGCUGCACAAGCUACUAGCUUUAAAUCAGCGGCAGAAAAUGGUUCUGCAAAGAAAGACGGAAGAAGCUGCUAUGGCCACUAAAAGGCUCAAGGAGCUUUUAGAAUCUCGGAAGGCUUCCUCACGUGAAAGUUCGAGUGUUGGAAAUGGCAAGGGUCCUGGACUACAGGCACUGAUGCAAGCUAUCGAGCAUGAGCUUGAAGUCACUGUGCGAGUACAUGAAGUGCGAACUGAGUAUGAGCGUCAGAUGGAAGAGCGGGCUAGAAUGGCCAAGGAGAUUGCAAAACUAAAAGAAGAAACAGCAAUUCUUAAACAAACUAAUUUAAGUGAUUCUCCAUCCACAAUGUCUCCUGGCGCACGAAAUUCACGGAUAUAUGCACUUGAAAAUAUGCUUGCUGCUACUUCUAGCACCUUGGUUUCUAUGGCUUCACAGUUGUCAGAAGCAGAAGAGCGGGAACGUGUAUUUAGUGGCAGAGGUCGCUGGAAUCAAAUUCGAUCUCUUGCUGAUGCAAAAAAUGCAAUGAACUACUUAUUUAAUCUAGCAUCCUCUUCCAGGUGCCUAUUACGAGAGAAGGAAGUUGACUGCAGAGAGAAAGAUGGUGAAAUAAGAGAUUUGAAGGAAAAGGUAGUGAAAGUCAGUUCUUUGGCUAGGCAUUUGGAAAUGCAGAAGGCGGAACUCAUUAAUCAAGUGAAAUCACAGAAUUCAGCAUUGAAGAACUACUCCACAAGAAGUGAAUCUGAAUUUGGGGGCCACAAGUAUGAAUUGCGCAAGCAGGGGUAUCGAAGUUCUUUCUUAGUAUUGGAAGAUAUGGAUACAUCUGAAUCAGAACAAUCAGAGGGAAAUGUUGAUGAUGUUGACAGUGAAUGGGUGGCAGAUGAAUCAGCCCGGCCUGUGAAAAGGAGAACCAAGAAAAGAAUUUCCAAAGGUGGAGUCAGUCCAAAUGUGGGAGAUAUCAAUGAUCCAGAAAGCUGUAAAAUGGAUUCAGCUGGUGACGGAUUUAUUGCUGUGGCUGAACAUGCAGGUAAAACUGCAUCUAGUGUAUGUUGCACUUGUAGCAAAUACUCGUCAUGCAAGACAAUGAAGUGCCAGUGCCGAGCAGCUGAUGGAAACUGUGGGCCAUCUUGCGGUUGUGUGCCUAGUAAAUGCUCUAACAGGGAGGAUUGUCUUUCAAAGUCGGAUGGGGAGGCUGAAUCCGCUGGCACUGCCUCAAGCCAUGACGAGACAGAAAAGAAUCAAAAUCUUGCUUCUCAUGGUGCAAUGUUGCUUCAGAGUGCACUGGUUGAGAAGCCUCCUGAAAACAAUGUCGAUGGUACGGUCAGAAGGAAAGCUUUGUCAGACAUAGGCAAUACACUGGUCAAAUCUAACGCAGCAAAGGGUAACCAGAGGAAGAAAUGGCGAAAAUCAACUGUUCAGCUUAUCCCAGUAGCUCCUCCCUCGUCCACACAACAACCAGUAAAGGCAGAAAAUAAUGCAGGUGAAGCUGAUAUUAUACCUUUGAGGUUACCUAGGGCGAUGCUAUCAGCCGCAUCUAACAGCGUAAAGCCAGAAAACAAUGGUGCAACUGAAGCAAGUAACGUGCCCUUGAAGUUACCAAGGUCUAUGCAAUCGGCUGCAUCAUCAAAUAGCAGUGCCCUCUUAAGAGAGAGGAAUGCCGAUCAAUCAUCCAAUGACGUAGUUAACAAGGAAAAUGUGGUACUUCCUCUGAGAAGUCCUGCCCGACCUCCGAAAACAUCGGAGGAGAAGGAAAACUAUGGGCGCUAGCUAACUCUGACAUGUGUAUGUCCUCAGUCCUGACAGAUGACACUUAAUUAUUACUGAAGAUUGUUGUUUUGGUGGGUUGGUUCAUUGGAGUAAAAGAAUGUAGGGAUUAUGUAGGUAAAAUCUGAAAUUGAUUUCUUUCAAGAAAUCCAUGGAAGACAGGCUUAGAUUAGAAAUGAUUAUUUAGUUCUUUUUUACCAUCUUUUAUGGUGGUUCAGACCACUUAAUUGUUGUUUUCCUGCUCAUUUCUCAAUGGGUAUAAAUCAGAUCAAGCAUGCUCAUUUGAGUUAUAUCUGCUAA